AUGCCGCUCUCUGACUACCUCCACCAGAUGGAGACAACGGACAAGACCCAGAACUACCUCAACCAGCGGAAGCUGCCGGGCCACGCUCGAUGGCAAUGGCAACAGAUUGGGCAUUUGGCACGCCCACACGCGGAGAUCCCUGGAAGACAUGCAGGGCUUCUCCGACGACCCAAAACCAAAAGUAUAGAGUUCGUCCUCCUGCCGGGUGCCGAUGAUGCGGCUCCCCCAGCACGUGAUGCAGAGGUUCUGGGUGAUCACAUCGGCUGGCCUCAGGAGCUUGUGGGAGCAGCUGGUGUAGGCUGCUGGAGCUCCGAAGGAGUGGACGGCAAGUUUGUUUCUGCCCUAGAAACAGGGGUGGAAAGCAUGGCCGCCAAGGGGCGAGGAGGGGCCAGGCACACCCCGAAGCCUUUCACAGACGAAGGUGUGCUGUUGAAAGUGCUGGGGGACCACAAGGACCUCAUCAAGGACCUGGGACCCUACGAGCUAAUCAGUCGGUCUGGUGCAGUGGACCCAAAGGGUCUGGUUCGCAACCUGGACCUGCUCAGGGACCUCCUGAGGGCCGAACCGACCGGUGAGCUCAUGAGAGAUGACCCGACCGUGAACACUUCUUCUUUCAACGGGUCGGUGUGGAGCAACCUGAAAGGGGAGCGACUCGGCUGCUUGCUGAACCACACACGAAAAUGGGCGAGGGCAGAGGUUGAGGGAAAGAGCAAUGCAGCCAGCAAGCUCACGGCUUUCGAAUAUCGGAAGCUGAAAGAGCUUCUGGACCUGUUCCAGGACAAGGAGGUCCCCGAAACGGGACCCAGGCUGGCCUUGGAAGACAGGAAGCCGCCUUCGAAAGAAGGCAGGCAGCUGCGGCCCAAGCCUUCCCUGGACUCGGACGGUUUCCCGAAAAUGUUUGGGGAAAGCCAGGCAAGCAGUUUCGAGAGUGCAGACGAAGCUUUGUCAAAGGGACGAGCUCCCUGCUCGGUGUCUUUCUUGAAGAGAAGAGCUGGGCAGAGCUUAAUGGUAGGCCAAGAGGAGCCAGAAGAGGAGGCUGCUGAUGCCUUGAAAGAGGCAAUGGGCGGUGGUGGGACGGAGCCGAAAGAGCAGCCCUUGAAAAAGCCGGCUGCCUCUCAGCCCAUUCCCGGCCACGUGGGCGGCUGGAAAGCAGUCAGGAAGACCAAGGCCAGCAAGCCGGCCCGGUGCUACCUGACUGGUACCUUGGGGCCGGCUGGCAAGCGACUCCUGAUCACGGAGGUGCCGGAAAGAUGGACAAGCCAGUACGAGAAGGUCAUCGACAUCAUCAAGAAAGCCUUAGAAAAGGAUCCGAAAAUGACGAAGGACCAGGCCCAGGCAAUGAGGACCAGCCUUUGCAAAAAAUACCCCUGA